AUGGUUAUAGAAAACUUUGAAGAACACUGCCAACCAAGAGCGAAAACUGCGCCAGUGACGGCAAGUGCACCAUUCAGCGCUGGCUGGCCCCUAUUUCGUGCAGCUGUUCUUGAACCGCAGCUUCGAUCGAGUUUCAUUGGCAUCUGGAUGUUUUCCGGUGUGCGGAACCCGUACUUGGACGAACAAACGCCGGAUGGAGGGAAUCAGUACAGUAGCACGCAGAAUAUCACUGCUCCCGAAUCUCCAUCGACAACUCUCAGUUGGGAAACACGAGUUCAGUGUUUCGUAGGAUGCUUGCUCUUAUCCAUCAUCAGCUCCUUUUGUGUGAGUACUGCGUGUAGUUAAGUUUACAUCUAUCUUUAGUCUCCCGGGAUUCAGGUAGAUCCAUGAUAGUUGAGAUAAUUCUUGUGUUUGGAGAACACUACUCGCAUAUUUUUGUUUUUAUCGAAAUGCACAAUAAUUUUCUUCAUAAAACUUUACUAAAAAGCCUUCGAAAUUCGCAAUGUGGUAUCUAGUGAGGUAGAAUGUUCUUUCUUCUUUUCUUCCAAAUAUUUCCAGUUUCUGAUAAUUUUUAAGUGAAAGUGGUCUUCAUUUAAAGGCAGCGUCCAGGCAGAAUCUCGACUUCUAUUUUUUUUUGCCUUAUCUAGGCCUUCUCAUGGCGCUGAUUUCAAAUAUGGCACUUAAAAUGCGG